AUGAUCGACCUAAAUACAAAUGGACAGGCUCUUUGUUCAGCAGUUAAUUGUGUUUUGGAUGGAAAAUGGUCUUGGGUAAUCUUUGGAUAUAUGGGACUAACCCAUACGCUAGACGUCAAAGAUCAAGGUCACGACUUGGAUCAAUUUCUAAAUAAUUUUUCUUCUGGAAAGGUUCUCUAUGGUUUUAUCCGUGUUGAAGUUGUGACUCCUGCGAAAUUCGUUUUGAUCGUCUGGCAAGGAGAGGCGUCGUCCGAAAGCUUUAAAUUAGCUUGUCCAAGACAUGUCGACUGUGUGAAACGGCUAUGUCGAACAGUUCAUGUUACAAUCAAUGCAAGAAGUGAAUCCAAUUUAGAUUGGAGCGAAAUCGUUACUAAAGUUCAAAAUUUAACAGGAAGUGUUUCUCAUACUCAACCAACCAAUUCCAAUAAUACGGAUGAUGAGUUUGUACCUACAGGUUCUGUUUAUGUACGUGCAAAUCCGAAUAAAGAUAUUCCAAAAGGUUGUGUAUCACGAAGUAUUUGGCAAUCACAACAGGAAAAGCAAAACGAUUCGUCAAAAUUAAGAUCUCCUGUCAAGAAACCCGUUGGUUUUGUUAGACCUAUUUGUGAACCCGAGACAAAUAACAAUAACAAUAAUGUACACUCUGAAAAUCAAUCACAGAAUAUCAUGAAGCAAGUACCACCAGACGAGGUGACUAAUACUAUUAAAAAUCGUAUAAAAGCUUUAGAAUCCAAGCUGCCAUCAAAUGAAACGGCUUUAAAUUAUCGAAAAGUUGAUCCACGUGUAGAAAUUAUGCUUGCAAAACAAUUGUCAUUAUCUGUAAAUAAUGAUGAAGAUGAAGAGGAUACAAACCAUGUGGGCACAUGUUAUAAGAAGCAAGACCCAAGAGCUGAAAUUUUGGCAGCUCGUGCAUGUAAACAGCCUCAAGAAUCUGUCUUCAAUAACAGUGAACCUGUUGGUGCUAAUUAUAAACAAUCAGAUGUUCAGUCGGAAAUUCGUUCUAUUAAAGCCGCAAAUAAUUCAAAUACUUUAUCAUCAACAAAUGAAAAGUCUGAUAUUAAUAAUAAUUCAAAUAGUCGAGAUCAGUUAUCAUAUCAAAAUGGUUAUCAUCAUCAGUCGUCUUUACAGCAAUCCCAACAACAAACCACAUCACCUCCUUUUUCUUUAUCGCCAAUAGCAGAUAUUUCAAAUAAUCAAAGAAACUCUAACAUUGAGCAACAGUUAAACAAUGGUAACAAUAAUAUUUAUCAUCAAAACUCAGUUUCACCACAGAAUUCAAUGUAUAAACUAGCUUCAUCAUGUAUUGAUUCAUCGCCUAACACGGAAGUGCACAAUAAAAGAAAUUCAAAUCUUAAAGCUGUUUGUCUAUAUGAUUAUAACGCUAAUGAAGAUGAUGAAUUAUCAUUUCGUGCCAAAGAACAUAUAUUUGACAUUGAACAAAUUGAUGAAGGUUGGUGGCUUGGUCGAAAUGCUGAUGGACAAGUUGGAUUGUUUCCAGCUAAUUAUGUUAAAUUAAUGAUGUAA